AUGAGUCGUUAUCUCACCCCUUCCAAAGUUGCACUCCUGUGCUUGAUUUCCAUCUACGUAGAUGGCGUCGUCUCCAACUCUUCAGCAAUUCAUGUGCUUUCAUUCCUGGUCUCAUGCCUGAGUCCCCUGGACCGGGAGGCGGCCCCCUCCAAAGUGAAGAAAGACACACGAAGCUCCGCGUCAAUUACAGACCUUGAAGAAUCCCUCCUCGGUCACGCGUCUUCCGUGCCCGGUCGCUCGAUAUGGGAUCUGUUCUUGAAGAAGAUUUGGUCCAUCGACUCCUGCGAUGCGCUGGAGGUAUUCUUCGGUGAAAUCUCCGACCUCUUAGCCAAAACCAGAGACGAGCAGAUUCGGGAUCGAGAUGCCGGUCUGGCUCCCGAUACGAGCUCUACCAAACUCUCUCGGUGCUCGCCCCUGGGGGCAUUCGUCCGGCGGUCCCAGUUGGAGUUCACCAGACUACAAUUCCACGACUCGGUCAAGCUCUGGAAGGGGUUUGUGAGAUACAGGUUGCCGACUUACCGCUCAUGGGCGCGGAAAAACCCAGCUGGAUCGCAGGCUCCGGUCGACAUUAACCUGCUAGAGCUUGGCUUAGAUACGACAAGCCAUCUUUCUCAAGUGGCCUACGGCCAAAUCGAUGACGAUUCGGAAGACGACAAGUACGUCAGCACGAAAGAUGUGGAGCGGCUCCUGGAAUUUCAGAUCAACGAGUUACAAAGCUUGGGUGGGAGAGUUCCGGAUGAGAUGAAAGCACAGCUAGAGCGCAUCAUAGCAUCGGGCGUGACGGUGCCUAACUUGAUACACUAUCUAAGAUUUCUCGAUGCCUGGAGGGCGGGCGACUAUCCCUCGUCCUUUGACAACCUCCAUCGCUACUUCGACUACACCAUGCACAGUCGUGACAGAAGCUCCUAUCAGUACGCAUUGUUGAAUCUUGCCAUCCUGCAGGCUGACUAUGGGUGCCAUGGAGAGGCUGUGUCAGCAAUGCAGGAAGCCGUCUCGAUUGCGCGUGAAUCGCAUGACAUGAAUUGCCUCAACUUCUGCAUGAGCUGGCUGUAUCAUUUCGGCAAAGCUUUCCCCGAGCAGAUGAAGGAUAUACAGAACACCGGCAUGCUAGGCAAUGAGAAAGAGGGCCUUUCGUUCCUGAAGGCGAAGGCCAAAGAAACGGAGAUGUGGAGUCUGCUGAGCACCACGUUGUUGAGUGAAGCGAAGCUCGAGCUGCAACAUGGGGAGAGCCUUGCCGCGUCCAUGGAGAACAUAAUCCGCGCUUCACACUUGAAUGUCACGAAGAAUCUGAUGAACUCAGUGGGCCCGCAGCUUCUACUUCAAGCAUCGCUCUUUGGGAGAAUAGCAGGAAUCACCCAUCUAUCUUGGCUGAGCAGCGAAAUCUUCCGUGAAUGCUAUGCGAGUCGAGCACCAUUUGAAGAUUAUCUCAAGAGUACAUUCCGCAGCUGCCAGCUUCUCGCACAACAAGGUCGCUACAAGGACAUAUCCAGCCGCAUGGAUCAGGUCACGCCUGAAAAGCUUCGAUCCCUAAAAGCGAACCAAUACUGGACAUUCUUCACCGGUGUGCUGCAACUCAAGCGACAUAUCUACCGUGACAACAAAGUAGCCGCCGAGCAUCUCCUCUCCCAACUGCAAGCGAUCCAACUCCCAGACACCGACAUCUCCCUCCUCCUGUCCUUCCUGACGAUCGACUUCCGCAUCCGCCAGGGCCACUACGCGCGCGCGCUGGAGCUCGUCGAGUCGACCGCGCAAUCCAUCCACCAGGACAACUUCGACAUCUUCAGCCAGGUCAAGCUGCUCUGCCUCAAGGCGCGGAUCCUCGAGAAGUCGGGCCACCCGCAGCGCGGCUUCUCCCUCGCCAUGCGCGCCGCCAGCAUCGCCCACCGGUCGCGCCUCCUGCCCAGUCUGUGGGAGGCCAUCUGCGUGUUGGGCGGGGUGCUCCUCAGCCUGCGCGAGUUCGCCGCCGUCGCCGCCAUGCUGGAGAGCAUCAUGCCGCAGGUCCUGGAGGCGGACGACCGCGACCUCGCCGCCCAGGCGUAUUCACUGCUCGUGGACGCUAACAUGGGUGUCGCGGGGUCCCUUUGGAGUCAGAGUCAGAGUCAGAGCCAGGGGCAGGGGCAGGCCCCGUCGCCCCUCAAGAAAGAGUACUUGAACCGCGCGCUCGGGUACCUGGAUUGCGCCUAUGAGCAGUACGAGGAGCUCGAGGACAUCAUGGGGCAAUGUGAGAUGAUGGCGAAGAAGGCGACCGUCAUGCAUCUGACGGGCGAUCCGGUGCUGGCCAACGACUACGCGGCUAAGUACCUCGACCUCAAGAAGCAGCGGCGCCUCGAGUCGGCGGAUGUGUAG